GAUGAUGCGACAUUGCGCCUCAUUUCCACGGCCGAGAAGAACUAAUCCUCCCCCCCCCUCCCCCCUCCUCUUCUUCCUCGCUUUCGUCUCCUUCCUCCUCAUAGGUGGCGGCGGUGAUGGACUUGGAUCCCAGGCUUUACGAUCACGUCGCAAUCAGUGACAGUGAUAUUCGUAACAUUGUCCUCUCUUAUCUCGUGCAUAAUUGUUUCAAAGAGACAGCAGAGACAUUUCUUACUUGUACUGGUAUGAAUCAACCUGUUGAUUAUCUUUUGGACAUGGAGAAACGGAAAUCAAUACUCCAUUUCACCAUGGAGGGGAAUGCUCUUAAGGCAAUAGAGCUUACAGAACAACUUGUGCCCAACUUACUGGAAGAUAACAAAGACCUGUGUUUUGAUCUACUAAGCCUUCACUUCAUUGACUUAGUACGUUCACGGAAAUGCAUGGAAGCUUUGGAAUUUGCUCAGACCAAGUUAACGCCAUUCGGAAAGGUGCCCAAGUUUGUUGGGAAACUGGAAGACUUUAUUACACUCUUAGCUUAUGAGGAGCCUGAGAAAUCUCCGAUGUUUCAUCUUUUGAGCCCAGAAUAUCGAGAAAACAUUGCAGAUUGUCUGAAUCGAGCUAUCUUGGAUCGUGCUAAUCUGCCAAGCUAUUCUUCCAUGGAGAGGUUGAUACAGCAAGCAGCUGUGGUUAGACAUGUCCUACAUCAGGAACUUGGUAAGGAUGGGCAUCCACCAUUUUCAUUGAAGGCCUUUUUGGAUAACUAGUUACUGCAGUUAUGUGCUUGAUGAACUUUGCCUAUGUGGUCAUGGUUGAUAUAUUUCUCCUGAGAAUCUUCUGAGCUGCCAAUUAUUGUACAGUCAGCCACCUAUAAUUAAAAGCAUGAUCAUAUAUGAAUCACAUUUGGUUGUCUCUAAUGAGUAUUUGGUUGAGAAAAGCUGCUUAUGGUUGGAUGGAAGAGGGAUUGUGUGCAUUUGUGAGAAACAGCCCCCAAUAUCUUCUAAAUUAACAUGUUCAGAAAGAUUAGUGACAUGUUUGUUGUCUUCUGCACUAUUCUGAAGACCAUCCAAAUGCUUGUAUAUGUCCAAUGCAAAGUUUAGUUUCCAGUGAUUUUGAAAUGACAUGAAUUGUGAAUCA